ACCACACACAAAAAUGAAGAAGUGAAGGCAGGAAAAGUUUCUCCCGAGGAAAAAUGCAGGGCUUGUCCUUCACUGUGACGUCAGAUCUGUCUUUAAUAAAAUCCCCAAAGAGCCAAGAGAAAAAGGCAGAGUGCCUAGGCUAGGUUGCCAGUUCAGGAUUGCUCUGCAUUCCCCAAAGUGGUGUUUUUGUUCAAAACGGCUCUAAAUCUGGGUUCAAUCAAAUGUAUUUAAUCCCGGCUUCCAGGGAUGAGGUGGCUUUUGCCCUGGAUUCUAGCAGCAAGCAGCAUUUUGCAGGGCCCCGCGCAGAGCCCGCCGAGCACGGGCGAGCCGCGGGCGCAGCUGUGCCGCUGGCCGUGCCAGUGUCCGCGGGCCGCGCCGCGCUGCGCGCCCGGCGUCAGCCUGGUGACCGACGGCUGCGGCUGCUGCCGGAGCUGCGCCCGCCAGCGCGGCCAGAGCUGCACCGAGGCCGACACCUGCGACCCCCACCGCGGCCUCUACUGCGACUACAGCGGGGACACACCUAGGUACGAAAUAGGAGUGUGUGCACAGAUUGUUGGUGUGGGAUGUGUCCUCAAUGGAGUCAGGUAUAAGAACGGGGAGACAUUUCAGCCCAACUGCAAAUACAACUGCACGUGCAUUAACGGGGCUGUGGGCUGUGUUCCCAUGUGCACACACUCACGUCCCCCCCUCGUCUGGUGCCCAAACCCAAAGCUGAUUAAGAUGGCAGGGAAGUGCUGCGAGCAGUGGAUCUGUGACGACUCCAGGAAGAUCAGGAAGACAUCUCCACGUCACAUCUCCUCUGCAGCGUACGAGGGAGAGGAGGAGGCCUGGCAGAAGAACUGCAUUGUGCACACCUCGGCCUGGAGCCCCUGCUCCAAGAGCUGUGGGCUGGGCAUCUCCACCAGGAUCUCCAACGACAACCAGCAGUGCCGGCUGCUGAAGGAAAGCCGCCUGUGCAACAUGAGGCCCUGCGAGGUGGACAUCGCCCAGCACAUCAAGCCUGGGAAGAAAUGCUUGGCUGUCUACAGGGCGAAUGAACCCAUGAACUACACCAUCUCUGGAUGUGUGAGCACAAUUCCAUACAGACCCAAAUACUGUGGUGUCUGCACAGACAACAGGUGCUGCACACCCUACAAGUCCAAGACUAUUGAAGUGAUGUUUCAGUGCCCAGAUGGAACUGAGUUUUCCUGGAAAAUUAUGUGGAUCAAUGCUUGUUUUUGCAACCUGAACUGCAGGAACCCCAAUGACAUCUUUGCUGAUUUGGCUCAUUACCAUGAUUACUCUGAAAUCGCUAAUUAAAGUGGCUGAAUGCUGGAAUUGACUCUUUGCUCUGAUUUUACAGAGGUUUUAAAAUAAAAGGAGAAUCUUCAUCCA